CCCAAAAAAAAAAAAAAAAAGAAACAAAAGGAAAGAAAAUAUGAGAAAAGGAAAAAAAAAAGAAAAAAGAAGAAGAAAGAGAUCAAAUGGGAUUUGAGGAAACUGUAAGAGUGUUUUCUUCAACUUGUACUCGCAAAGGAUUUAGUAUGUUUAUUCGAAGAGCAAGGCAAGCUGGCAUAUGCAAUCUAAGUUGCAAGAGCAUCAUUGCUGCUGGUGAUGGUGGUCUAUGGAGCCUCAGAAAUUUAUUGUCUUUGGCUGAUGUGGUGAGGAGUAUUUGUUGCUUCUUUGUAGCCUUAGUUAAUUUCUUGUUUGUGAGUUGUUUGUCUGGAUCAAUGUUACCUCUUAGUCAUUGCUUUAUUUAGGAACUCAUCACAUAAAAGCUCAUUUUCUUGGUCUCUGGGAUACAUAAAUUAUUUUGGGGCCUUGUUUCUAAAAUGUUCUUUACAGUGGGAAAAAAUGAGGAAAAGACUUCUCAUAAUUGCUUUUUGUAUUCAAAAUGCUUGGCCUACAAACAUGGCUGGUUUUCAUUAAUCUUUUGGUUCUGUUCCUUUAUCCUGCAUUUGUUCUCUUUUAAAUUGUUUUACAGUGAGAAAAUUUCUUCCUCCUGACAGGAUGUAAGAUGAAAUAAACAUGCUAAAGAUCUCUUAGUCUAUUUAUACUUAAUCUGACAACAAGAUCGCAUUUGGAAGUCGUGGACAAGUUUUGUCUGGACUAAUGUUUUUCUUUGAAAAACUUGCUUAAAAUCUCGUGUUGCAGGUUGAUUAUGCAUGCACGCCUGAAGAAGUGCAACAACAUUUCCAAUCUUGUGGUACUGUAAACAGGGUGACUAUUCUGACAGACAAGUUUGGGCAGCCAAAGGGUUUUGCCUAUGUGGAAUUCCUGGAAGUAGAAGCUAUUCAGGAGGCUCUCCAACUUAAUGAAUCUGAAUUACAUGGUCGUCAGUUGAAGGUCUUGCCCAAGAGAACUAACGUUCCAGGCAUGAAGCAAUUCCGUCCAAGGCGUUUCAAUCCUUUCGUGGGGUAUAGAUUCAGAAGACCUUACGUGCCCCCUUAUUUCUACUCUCCUUAUGGAUAUGGGAAGGUUCCCAGGUUCAGGAGGCCAAUGCGAUAUAUGCCUUAUGGUUAGAAGAUUGCGCAUGCAGGAGCCUCUUUUACGUCACAAUAUCAAGAUGGUUACAUCCUGGAGUUUGAGUUUUUUGCAUUUUAUGAUAGAUCUGUUCCAUAGAUUGACUGACAUUUCUAUUUGCUUCAUCCCAUUUGUACCGUGUAUUAUCAACUUUACGACAUUUCGUAAUAUUAAAGAAAGUUCUGUUUU